GGUUCAGUUCAGAACCCCAGGAACCGAAAAAUACCAUAAGAAUUUUUUUUGUGUUCUCUGGAUUUUGAGAUAUACUGAUAUACAAAUCACUCGCUGUAUUUUUCUAUUUCUAAAUUAUUGUAGUAUUUUUUUUAGUUUUGAAUCUCCUGAAAAUAUAAUCGCUGUUUUGAUAUGGUUAUGGAUGCGUUUGACAUGGUUGCUUUCACUUCAGAGCUUCGCGAAGGAUUUGGUUGACUCAUAUUCAAUACCACGCUUGCAGUUACUCUGUCGAAAGAUUUCGUUUAGUGUAGACCUAUUUUGUUAAAUAUUUCGAAGCCCCAAAGGUAAAAGAAAAAAACAUAAGAAAUGUACUUGUCGGGCACCGGAGCUUCAUCCGUCGACCGAAAGCUAAGUGCUCCAAAACCAUCAUUGAAUCCGAAUGCUACAGAAUUUGUUCCUUUCGCUCUCAGAUCACCCGCAUCAGUCAUUAGCAGUCCAGGUGCACCCUCGAAAUCUGCCGCUGCCUCAGGGAAAGGUAUAUUAGAUCGAUUAGAGUCGUCGGUUUCAAACAAUUCUGAUGACGAAGCCCAGCAGUACUGGCAGCACCAGCUCCCCGAUGACAUCACUCCCGACUUUAAGCUCAUGGGAAUGGACGAUUCUCAAGGGAUCAAUGACCUAUCAUUUUCAAGCUUAUCGUUGACCGAUACUAAUGAGGGUUCACGAUAUUCUUCUUCGAUAGGAAGCGGUUUUAUGGCGGCAGAGCAGCAGCUAGGAUUAUCUCCUCGCCUUGUUAAUGGCAAUAAUAAUGCUGAAAAACUUAGAUACUCUGCCUCAUCCUAUGGUGAUUAUCCGUCGCCUACGGGUUUUCAUCCUUCACUCUCUAAACCUUGGGAACAUCAAAUUGUGAGCAAUGAUCAGCAUCUUUCAGGAGGACAUGAUAGUGGGAAUCCAGGACAUACUUUCCUAGCUGACAUGUCGGAUGAGCAAUUAUUGAUGGACAAUCAAGAUGUGAGCCCGCUUGAGUUUUUGUCUUCACAGUUUCCUGGCUUUGCAGCUGAAAGUCUUGCUGAGGUGUAUUUUGCCAACGGUGGCGAUUUGAACUUGACAGUUGAAAUGCUUACUCAGCUUGAGCUUCAGGUGGAUGGAGGUUUAAGUCAGACUCUGAAUUCAAAAGCCUUGUCUGCUCCAAACCUUAAUGCAAUGGAUUUUCCUGCUCUUUCUGUGCGAGAUGGUCAAAAUGAUUUGGCAAAUGGUAGUCCAUAUCGGUCUUCAGAAAAGCAAGGCCCAUUAUUCAGAUCCAACUCAUUUGUUCCAUCAAGAGGUGCUGUCGAUUUUGCCUCAGCUGUAAGAAAAAUGGCAUCUCAAGAUUCUAGCAUCUGGAAGUAUGACAGAAACGGUUCCUCAGACACAACCAUUGGAUCAAGUAGAAGCUCGCAAGUCCUCGCAAGUUCAUAUAACAGUGGCCAGGGCAGGAGUAUCUAUGGUGAUAGGCUGCAAAGCAGAGGUUCAGGGCCCGCAUCUCCUAUCUGGCUUGAAACUGGAGAAGCAGUCGCAAAUAUGUAUUCUGAAAUGCGGGAGGAAGCUCGAGAUCAUGCACGAGUACGUAAUGCGUACUUUGAGCAGGCACGACAGGCAUAUCUAAUCGGCAACAAAGCCUUAGCCAAGGAGUUGAGCAUUAAAGGACAAUUGCACAACAUGCAGAUGAAAGCAGCUCAUGGAAAGGCACAAGAAACUAUUUACCGUCAGAGGAAUUCAGACAUUCAGACUAACGGGAGAGAGAGAAUGAUAGACCUGCAUGGUCUACACGUCAGCGAAGCUAUUCACGUGCUGAAGCGUGAGCUGGCGGUGAUAAAAAAUGCAGCAAGGUCAAUGGACCAACGCCUGCUAGUUUACAUAUGUGUCGGGACAGGUCAUCACACGAGGGGUUCAAGGACGCCAGCUAGACUCCCGACAGCUGUCCAGCGAUACCUGCUAGAGGACGAGGGUCUUGACUUCACUGAACCACAACCAGGGCUCCUUCGAGUUUUGAUAUACUGAAAUCAGCAAGGUAUAGGAGAUUUUUUGGGGAAAAAAAAUGAAAAAAAAUGAUGAAUCUGUUGUAUCUGUAAAUGGGGGAAAAAGAUGUAGGAUAAUUCUGCAGAAGUUAAGUUGCGAAAGAACAAAAAAAAAAUAAAAAAUGAAAGGAUGAUAUAUAAUGGACGAGAAAAAGGCGGAUAUCUGUACCGUAACUUUGUAGUUGGCUGAAGUCUAGAAUAUGUUUUUGUAGCUGGUCGUUGAUUUUCUUCGACCUCCUUUUGUUAUUCUUGUACCCUUUUUUUUUUGGUUACAUUUUUUUUAAAUAUUUAGAUGUAACUAAUAUAAUUCUUUUUCGUGAUAGCACAAAUUUCUCCACGUUGUUGGAGUAUUCUCAAUUUUCAUGGCGA